UUGUGGAAACCUACAGACCUCCGCGAGCAGAGAAAGGCCCGGAGAUGAUCGAUUCCGAGGACAUAGUUCAAAUAUGGAGUCCCUUCCUCGAUUAUCUGGUGAAAUUGGAGUUGGAGCUCAAGUGUUCCAUCUGUACUAACUUGCUUAAGGUGCCGAAAGUGUUGCCCUGCGAUCAUGUGUUUUGCAGUGGUUGUAUAAGUUCUUUGAUCGACAAGGGUUCUGUUUGUCCUUCCUGUGACCUGCCUUUUCUUCCUAAAGAUAUAAGGCUUGCUUUACAUGUGGAAAGGCUUGUGAGCAUUUUUCAAGAGAUGGAUGAUGCUAUCGGCACCAUUGUUCAAAGGAAUGCAUCUCCUCUUGGUUCCCCUGGUGUAAGGAUACCUGCCAAAAAAAACCCAGUCUCAGUCAACAAUCAUAUCGAAGCUAAGUCAAUAGGAGUACAACAUAUGCCCCAAGAGAAAUCGGGCCAUCUCCAUUCGCAUGGUUCUCCAUCGACUGGUGAGGGUAGUAAUAAAACUAGACAUGAUGGAGAAAAUCAGGAAAUAAUUUUAGUUGGAAGCAUGAAUUCGGAGCAAAAGUCUGGUAUAGUUCCUUUGGACAAAGGGUCGCCUAAUUGCCCUUCAACAUUUAGCGAGAAUGGGGAUUCUAAUUUGGACAUUCAUGAUAGAUAUUCUGAACAUACUACCAAGAAGUCACCGACAAAGACUAUCAAAGCUGAUUCUUAUGCAUCACAUGAAGUUAGGAGGCCUCAACUCUCACCUUCCUCUGUUACUGGGCAUCCUAUAGCAAAAGACGAUGGUAAGACAGCUGUAGGCUCUUCUCAAACGAGAGCUGGUGUUAAAAAACAAAAGACUUCCAAGAGGCAGAAGCUAAACAAUAAACGUGUCAAAAACCAUACCAUUCAGCAUGUUCGUACACCUAGCAUUGUGUUUGGUGAUGAAUGUGCAUUUUGCCAUUCCUUCAGGACCACUGAGGCGUCUGGGCCAAUGUGUUGCUACAAAGAUGGUAGACUCGUAGCUAUGGAGGAAGCAGGCCAAUCUCAUGUGACACAUGCACAUCAAAAGUGCAUUGAAUGGGCUCCACAGAUAUAUUUUUCUGGCGAUACUGUAAAGAAUUUGGAGGUGGAACUUAGACGUGCCUCAAAGAUAAAGUGCAGCAAAUGUGGGCUGAAAGGUGCUGCUCUUGGUUGUUACUUUGGGAGCUGUCCUAAAAGCUUUCAUGUGCCCUGUGCAGUUGAGAUCUCUGAUUGUCGAUGGGAUUGCGUAAAUUUCCAUGUGUUGUGCCCUAAUCAUUCUUCAGAAAAAUUGCCAUGUGAUGAUGAUGGGCGACUUGAAAAAACUUCUGGAACUACACAUUUUCCAUCAAUUCAGAUAGAAUGUCGAAAAUCUUCGGGGAAGCUAACAGAACAUCAAAGUAGUGAACAUCACGCAGCUGCUGUUGGUGUUAAAAAUGAUAGAAUAUUUAUUGGAUCUGCUCUCAUGGAUUCAGAAAAGGAGCUACUGGUCAAGUUUGCUAGCUUGGUUGGUGGAACAGUGACCGAAAUGUGGAGACCAGAUGUGACCCAUGUCAUUGCUUCAACCAAUGAGAGUAGUGCAUACGGUAGAACGCACAAUGUCCUAAUGGCUAUUUUGACGGGGAAAUGGGUUCUUACUACAAAGUGGGUUAAGGUUUGCAUGGAGGCUGGGCAUUUUGUUUGGGAAGAACCCUAUCAAGUCCGCUUUGAUAUGCAUGGUUUUACAGAUGGGCCGCCCAUGAGAGGAAGGCUUGGAGCAAUGGAGAAGGCACAAAAGUUGUUCGCAGGUCUAAGUUUUCGUCUAAGUGAGCACUUCACUCUCUCAUGCAGGCAGUCCCUAAAAGAACUUGUUGUCACUGCUGGUGGAGUUGUAUUAGAGGAUGAUAUCUUAAUUCCACAGGACCCUUUUGCCAUAGGAUUUCCAGCUCUCUGUUUUAUUUACAAUGAAGAACCUCCACAAGAAUAUGAUCGAAGAGGUCUUGCAAAGGUUAAAGAUGAGAGAUGUGAAGAGGCUAUUGACUUUUUUAAGAAGACUGGUGCUCAAGUUAGAGGCCACACCAGGGUUUUGGAUGCUAUUGCUGCUUUGGAUAUCCGAUAUUUGCUUAUGGAAAGUGCGCCUAAGUUGGAUCCUGAUAACACCUAACUGCAACAUGUAUGGGGAGAAGAAAGCAGAACAGGAGAGCACCAGAGGAGAUCAGUAGCAGGAAGAGCAGAACGAUGGCUGGAAGCAUUCUCCGAGAAUCCUCCAUAGCCGAAGAGAGAGUGAGAGAGAGCAGGGGAAGUUAGAUGCAUAUGAAGGAAAUGCUUCUGCAUUAUAUAGAAGUUCUCCAGGGUCCUCCAGCUCCUGCCGGAAAACUCCUAGACAUGCUUACUCACACCUGAAGUGGGGGGUUGGCAAAAAAGCAACAGGCAUAAAGAUGGCAGCAGGAUCAGCAGCUUUUGUGAGCAAUCUCAGUAUCCACCAGUGUUGCACAUCCAGUUGGUUUUAGAUCAUAUGCAGCUUUCCAAAGCAUGGCUUUAACCAUCAAUGUUUCACAUUCAAAUUGGUGUAAUGCCAGCUGAGAUGUCGAUGCCUGUUUUCUUCAAGAUCAGCAAGCUGGAGUGAUGGCAUUGCAAAGGAGAAGGCUUAUUAUUAUUCAAUGGUGAAGUUGUAUUCUGCUUUCCCUCUUUUAUUAUCUGACAACCUGGUCAUGUUGAACUAUCAAAACUAAAUAUUAUUUAACAUCUUUUUGUACUAAAUUUGAUUGGUGGUGCAUUUAUAUAUUACU